AUGAACGUUGGACAACACAGCGGCCCGGGGCCGCCACUGAACCGGACCGGCUGCUCCGACCGCUCCGUCACCGGGCCGUCCUGCCGGGCGCUCCGGACGGCCGUCUCGGCGCUGUACUGUCUGGACGACUUCCACCGCGAGCACAUCGGGUCGGGUUUCUUCUCCGAGGUGUACAAGGUGACACAUCGGACGACCGGUGACGUAAUGGUGCUGAAGAUGAAUCAACGGCGCGCCAACCGACCCAACAUGCUCCGCGAGGUUCAGCUGCUCAACAAACUGUCGCAUCCCAACAUCCUGAGGUUUAUGGGUGUCUGUGUGCAAGAGGGACAACUGCACGCCCUGACGGAGUACAUCGAGGACGGUUCCCUGGAGCAGCUGAUCGCCAACAAGGCCGAGUACCUACCAGCCCUUUGGAAGAUAAGGAUUGCGCUUGGGAUUGCCCGAGGAAUGCAAUACGUGCACGAUGUCGGCAUAUUUCAUCGCGAUCUUACGAGCAAGAAUGUGCUCGUGAAACGGUUACCCGACGGUAUGUUCGAUGCGGUCGUUGGUGACUUCGGGCUGGCCGCCAACAUCCCUCGGAAAUGUGGAAAACCUCGCCUCGAUACGGUUGGCUCACCGUACUGGAUGAGUCCGGAGUGUCUCAAGGGCCAGUGGUACGAUCAAACCAGUGAUGUAUUCUCCUACGGGAUUAUUUUAUGUGAAUUGAUAGCGCGGAUUGAAGCCGAUCCGGAUAUCAUGCCACGAACUGAUUCGUUCGGUCUGGACUACUUAGCGUUCGCUGACGGGUGCCCGAACGAUACGCCACCGGCGUUUUUAAGACUGGCCUUCUACUGUUGUACUUAUGAUCCAAAGAGUCGACCAACGUUCACGGAGUGUGUGAAAAAGUGCACGCUGCUGUCGGACGUGUGCGAGGACAGCUACAACCAUCAUCAUCACCAGCAGCAGCAACAGCAGCAGCAGCAGCAGGUUUACCGACUUGGGCCGCCCAAUGGCGCAAGUGCGAGCACGGGCACUGUGGUCAGCUGUGUGCCAACCGGCAGCUCAGAAACCGCCCCUAGCGGCACCACGGAGAACAUCUCGCCCAGCAGCAGUGUGACGAGCACCCCGUCGAGCAGCGGCGAAUACUCGCAGAAUCCGCUGCACCACCGGCGCUCGCUGUCGGAGAAUGUGAUCGUGUUUCCGCCGCACACCACGCCGAGCGAUAAGGCGCGGUAUCACAUGUACCAGCGGGGCAACUCCGUCGUCCGUCCCGUCGAACCGGCCAUACCGGAGUCGCCGACCUACUCGAACCAAACGCUGCGCAAGGUGGCGGAAACGAUGCUGCUGAAGGAUCCGCAGUACAAGCCGCGGGCCAAGACUGACCAGCCCGGAGGCUGCAAACCGAACCCGUUCAGUGCACUGUCGCAGUUGAAGGGCGUAAAGAAAAUUCUCGGCCCGAAUCCAGCCGUCACGACGUACAGCUCGGGCGAUCUGUUUAGCUCGUGCUUCGAAAUCUCGGCCCCGUACUUCCGGGCGUGGAAUUCCGUGCAGAAUCAGAUUGUCAAAAAUGCGCGCGACGGCCGGAGCUGUGGAGGGGCCGCCGGUUCCGGUGGGUCCUCGGGGAGCGGGGUGAAUGGCGAGGGGCAGCCGAAAAGCUUGCCCAACUCACCGACCUCCCCGCGCAAGGAGUACGGCGAAGAGGAGGAGGACGAAGAGCACACCGGCAGCGGGUUGUCGAACGAGUACCGGAAGGUGUCGCUGGGCAACGUUCGCAAGUAUCGGGCCAGCUUCACCGAACUCUCUAGUCAUCCACUGUACAAGAGUGGUCAAAUCGAGACUGAAGUAAUGGGCAAGCUGACGUCUUCCGGCGUGCCGAUAUCGGCAUCGGUCACGACAACGGCUGCAGCGGAACCGAAUCCGUGCCCUGUCACUACCGUGGCGCCUAGUGUGCCCUGCGCUGGUAAGAAAGUGUUAAACGGAAGCCUCAAACCCACAGUCCCGGGAACGAUCGCGUCGAACGAUCCCGUCGAUGAGGAGCUGGAGAUGAACGAAAGUGAUCGGUUACCGGCGAUCGGCAAGCGCACGAAAACGCUCAGCGGCAGUAGUAGCGGCAGUAAUCUGGCCAACCUUUGCAGCAACAAUGGCGACAGUGGCACUGAGGAGGGCCAAGAUGGAGCUAGUUGCGAUGGGGAAUCGAUGCGACCGGAAGAGAGUGUGCUGUUGAAGUCCGCCGCGGCUAUCGGCGAAGCGGCGAGCGGAACGGUGACCGGAGCCGGCAAGGACGCGUGCCCCGAGGGAGAUGGUGUGCUGGAGACGCCUCGCAUUCUCACCCGCCGUGGCUCGACGGAGAGCGGAUUUUUCUCCUGCCUCAACGAAGACUUUGGCACGUACAAAUCGUCUCCCUGCUGCUGCCUCGAGCGCAUUGCACACUUCGAGUCGACGGAGCGACUGCCCAUGUGUCGUUGUGUGUUCGGUGGUGCCACCCUAACCGGUGGAUCGAGCGGGGCCGAAGCGGUGACCGUAUGCACCAGCGGUGGUUUGAUGUCAAACGGGACACUGAACGAUAGCUCCAGUAUCCUGCUGUUCGAUGACAACUCGACGAACGUGAGCUCGCUUCGCAGCAUGGAUGACUUGGAGCUGUCGGAUUCGAUUCGCAAACGGUUUAAUCACCAUCAUCACCUCCAUCAUCACCAUCUGCACCACCACGGUGCACACCAUGCGCAUCACCACGGGCUCAGCGGUAGACCGAAUGUGCUGAGCAAUGUUGACAUCGAUGCACGGUCGAUCGAUAUGGGACUUAUCAAUCGCUUGGCGCUCGACUCCGAGAUCAGCAGCAUGAUACAGAAAAACCAGUUCACCAACCAGCUGCUGUACUGCAAGAAUCGCUCGUCGUCGAUCUUCACCGACAGCUCGGAUGACAUCAGCAGUUUGGCCGGUUCGGACUCGCUGCUGUGGGACGACCGUUCGUACACCACGAUACCGAACACACGGUCCGCGCAGAUCGCCAAAAUCGUCGAGUACUUCGAGCGCAAAGGCCAAACAUUCAAACCAUUCACUGUACCUGAUACGCUCCAGUUGGGCGCCACCGGAGGGCCACCAGCCUGUGGCAACCUCCCACAUCACCACCACCACCAUCAUCACCACCAUCGUCAUCAUUCACCGUCAAUGGGCGCCCCAUCCUGCCUUGCCCAGGCAGGGCUUAGUGCGCCUGCAACGGUAGCGGCCACGACGACGACGGCGGCGGCAGCAAGCACAGCAGUAACACCAAACGGGACAGCCGGGCGUAAGCUGUCCAACGGUAGCGUUGCCUCCAGCGGCUGCUCGAAACUGUCGCAGACGGAGCUGAAGCAGCGUUUCGAGUACGAAACCUUCUGCUACGAGCUGGAACGAAAGCAGUCGGUGGCCGGCGGUGCAGCCGGCACCGGUGGUUCGCACCGGUUGAACAACAUCUGCGAGGGUAACGUCCGCUCGAAGCUGCAGCUGUUUGACAAGCUGAAGCAACAGAACGGCACGCAAGCUGCAAGUGCACCGAACGGUUGUGCUCCCAGCAGCACCACUACUAGCACGAACAUUAACGGGUUAACCAUAAUUGAUAAGUAAUUGCAAGGUGGCAAAGCACGCGAAAACCGACACCCUGCGACGCGUACCGAUGGGUCCUUUCGGGUAAAGUACCGGGUUUGUGGCGAUCGUACCACCAACACCACCGUUGCUCGCGAGACAGAGCAGAGAUUAGCGACGUUAACUUGGAAUGUUCUACCCUCCCCAAGAUACCUAGCGAAACGCAAACAAUAUGCGCCAAACGAUUCUACUAGAGAAUGUAAACGGAUGUGUCAAAGAAGUUCUAGACCUAGGAAAAGCAGGAUGAGAAGGACCUAACGACAGAGGGGGGCUCAUGCCCUCAUGCCGUGGCAAAACGCGUCGAAAAAAGCUGCAAAGAUCCCAACUGUGUAUAGAGAACCGUUGGCAGUGUUAGACAAAAAUAUACUCCAACCGGAUAGUCAAAUAUUGUUGCUAAGAAAAGACGCUGUUGUUUUGGGAAAACAACAGACCCAAGCGCUAUUAAACCGUUUGCUGGGAAAAUCGAACACCGGUGGAAGCCACCAAAGUACCUCUCCCAAAAUACCUAGCCCAGCAAUAGGUGCGGCUCGGCGUGAAAGCCUGGUAGGUUUCCAUACUAAGGUCACGGAAUUGGCGAGGAAGACUGUAGUGUGUAAGACGUAAAGGCCGCGCACCUAUUAUCAUUUGAUUGUUAAUACACACGAUGGUAUAACCAGUAAGCCUACGCUAGGUAGAUAUAUGGGAUACACAGUUCAUUACAUACUUACCUUCCACCCAGUGCGGUGCACGUUUUAUCUUGUAAUUGGAUCGUCCGUUGCCGUUAAUAUUUACAGAAAAUCAUUCAGGGGAAAACCACACGAAGCGGGGGUCACAGUGCAAAAACAACAGCAACAGCCAACCUGUUGGAAAGUGUAAAAAUUAAACUCUUAGACAUUAGCAAGCCCCACGUGUGGAAGCGCCAAACGAAACAGCGAAAAGAAAUGCCUCAUGCAAAACGGAUCGCGUCAAGUUGGGGCGGUUUGGAGAUCGGCAAAAGCUUCCGCAAAGACACGGGGCCGAUGCAACGGAAGCCGAAUCAAUUCGUAAACUUUUUGACGUCCAUUUUAAAAGUAAUUCAUAUAGCAAAGACAUCAUAUAAUGGGAACUAGAUUGAUACAAUUAAACAGACAAGCAAUCCGUCUACGGGGCAGCGAACAGCUUGCCAAAUUCAUAAGGAUACAAUAUUCGAACAGAGUACGGCGGUUCCGGGUUCGGACGGAUGGCGGUGGCGGCGGCGGCGGCGGAUACAACAAGCAGCUGUGCAGAGGAAUUAAUGCCAAAAACUGAGAUCUAUACACAUUUACGAAAAAUCCCAUCUGUUCCACCAUUCUUCCACUGAAGCUUCCCCGUUUUAACUAACACGGCAAUUAUCGUACCUAUCUUUUAAGCUAAUCCUAUUUACUACCAUUACGACGACGCACCCUAGGUCUUCCGUUGAGCGCUUCCGAAGCGUUCCAACUUGUACGAGCUGGUUCACUCUUACGAAUUAUGUUUGACGAAUGGCGCAAUGAAUGGGCGGAAUAGUCAGAAUCAGCUAUCGAUUAGUCAUAUCCGCGCGGUAACAGAAUCGAUCAUCUAUGCGCCCUGGACUCGUUAGUUCAGUUAGGCCCACCUUGACCACUAUCAGGCUAGUUUCAUUUUCGUUCUUUCUUUUAUCACGUAACGAUGGGCAUGUUUGCAAUAUAAUAGCUUAGCAGUUGUGUACGGUACGGUAGAGUUACGUUGUAGCGUUUAUUGCUUUUAAGUUACACAAAGUUCCGGCGGUGUGUAGCCAACGCCCGGUCAGGAGUGGAUACCGAAAAGGUAAUGCCACCAUAUCACGAGUGAAGUGGCGCCACCGUUUGAGAUUAUUUAUUGUCGGCUAGUACACCUUCUUACCACUGUAGUUGUUUAGAAUGUUGGAUUUUAAGCGCAUCUUUACUUUAGAAGGCCCAAUCUCCGCUUGCUGCUUUGAUUGAUCUAAAUUACAGUUCGCUUCCGCAGAUUUACUCUUAUUCAACCAUUUUGUAGUUUGAUUGUUGUAAAUACAGCACCCGUUCGGCCGCAGAUGAAAACUAACUUCCCCACGAUUUGCAACCCCGGUUUUCGCUAGGCGCUAGCAGAGACUGUUCGGUACUAAGUUUAAAACACAAUCUUUUUCUUACCCACGCAAGUAUUAACAAACUAUAUUUAUGGCCCUUCUAUGGCAGCUUUUGUUUUGUUUUGGAACCUACGUUUACCGAGGCUCGCACAGCUUGCAGUCUCUCGGGUGGUGAUUGACUUUUCCUUGUUCUGGAACGGGGGCUCCUAAGCUAAGUGAAAAAAGGGAAAGAAUGGGAAAAUCUUGUUGCGGUUCAAUCACUCCGAUACGUUUAGUCUUUAAUCCAUCCAAAAGUCGUAUAAAACCUAGCACGGUAUUCGGCCGUAGUACAACAAGCGUUCGAUUAUAUACAUAUACACACACCUUGAGCUACUGUUAUUUGUCGUCCUUAGGAACCCUUACACGCAGGUUUAUCUUUAGUAAAUGUAAAUUUUUCUAUCCUAACCACCUGAAAGGGGUUUUGUGUGCAUGCCAGGCAUAACAACUAAGCAGAUGUCGUUGAAAGGAGCAAACAAAACAGCAGAAACAGAGAACAAAUUAUCAAGGAACGCGAUGGCCGCAAACAUAUUACUGCAUUGCCGGAGUGGAAACACAACAACCGUUGGUAUAUUACGUGUAUAUAGAAAUAUACAUUUACAAAAUAAAUAUAUAUAUAUUU